AAUUCCCAAACGCCCGAUCUGUGUGACGUAUGCAACAUCCCCGCACCUAACCCAGAACCAGAAAGGGCAUUCAAUGGUGAGGGAGACGAUCUGAUCAGAUUUAUCGUUAAAUUUGGACAAUUUCCCGUCGACUCCAUAUAUAUAUCGUGGCUGACAUCGAGAUAUCCCUCGAAAUGACAAAGCUAUUCAUCACAGGAGCAACCGGCUACAUUGGUGGUGACGCCCUGUACGCUAUAGCUAACGCUCACCCUGAACUCGAGAUCACAGCGCUUGUCCGAAACAGCGACAAGGGCGCCAAAGUCGCGUCUCAGUACUCCAAGAUUCGUCUCGUCUACGGCGACCUCGACAGUACCGACAUCCUCACUACCGAAGCCUCAAAAGCUAAUGUUGUCUUACAUUGUGCCGAUGCUGAUCAUGAAGGAGCAGCAAAGGCCCUAGUUGCCGGUCUUGGUAAAAGAGAGUCUGGGAAGGCAGGAUACAUGAUCCAUACAUCGGGAACAGGUAUACUGUCUGUAGCCGACUUCGGACGAAAAUCUUAUGGGGUCAAGAAUGAGAAGGUUUACAAUGAUUGGGAUGGUGUAACCGAGGUUACUAGUCUCCCGGACAUGGCGGCCCAUCGCAAUGUAGACAAGAUAGUAUUGGCCGCGGGGACAGAACAUCCUAACAAAGUUCAUUCCGUGAUCGUGUGUCCUCCUUGCAUAUGGGGACCAGGCCGCGGCCCGGACAACCAAAAGAGCGUUCAAGUUUAUCGGAUGGCGAGGGCAACUCUGGAACGUGGCAAGGGUUUCCAGGUCGAAGAAGGCAACAAUUUGUGGACCGAGGUCCAUGUUCAGGAUCUCAGCAAUGUCUACCUAAGUCUCGUCGAGGAUGCCAUUCAAGGUGGGAAAAGGGCUUCAUGGGGACCUGAAGGCUACUACUUUGCAGAGAAUGGUGACUUCGUCUGGGGAGACGUUGGAAGGGCCAUCGCCAAGAUUGCUUAUGACAAGAAGCUCAUCAAGACGGCUGAGAUUGACAAUAUCUCAACGGAAGAAGCUGAUAAGUUGACCCCUUUCGGCGCCUAUCUUUGGGGGAUGAAUUCAAGGGCAAGAGCUAUUCGAGCGAGAAAGCUAUUCGAUUGGAAGCCGAAACAAAAAUCUCUCUUUGAGAUGCUCCCAGAUAUUGUCGAUGGAGAAGCAAGAGAACUUGGGCUGACUACAAGUCACGCAAUUCAGGCAGCUGGCUGAGUACCUCAUUUUUUGGCUUCUGGGCAUUUUGAAGGCAUGUGUUCAACCCAUGAAAAGAUAUCUGAAUCUACUUCACAGUUGCUCGACUUCAGCUACCUCUCCUGCUAUAUGGGGGGCUUCUGAGCAUCUUGAAGGCAUGUGUUCAACCCGCAGAAAGAUAUCUGAAUCUAUUUCACAGUUGCUCGCCUUCUGUCACCUCUCCUGCUAUAUUGGGGGCUUCUGAGAGCCCUCUUUAAACUAAUUAGAUCGAUAUCCACGACCUUGAAGUU